UAAUUCAAAUUCCGAUUUAGGGUUUAAUCGAAUUUCACUCAUCGAUGCUGAUUGAUUCGUUGAUCCAAAUAAAUAAUUCAGCUUUCGUAAUCAAUAAAUAAUUCAAUAGUAUCAUUAAGAGCCCCUCUUCUCACACGCAACCUCUCUCUCUCUCUCUCUCGAGUAGUUCGACAAUCCAAAUCUCCCAACUUGCUGCUUCCUCGAGGGAAGCUUUCUUUUGCUUCAUUGCGCGUGUCCCAUCCUCUUCUCCACAAGUAAAAGAUGGAGGUCAAGCGCGAGCGCGAAACGUACGAGAACUUGUCCGAGCUCUACGCCAUCAUCAAAGCCACCGAGAAGCUCGAGAAGGCCUACAUCCGCGACCUCAUCUCCCCUUCCGACUACGAAACCGAGUGCCAGAAGCUCAUCGUCCACUUCAAGACCCUCUCCGCAUCCCUCAAGGACCUUGUUCCAAGCAUCGAGAGGUUCGCCGACACCUACAAGAUGGACUGCUCAGCUGCUGUUUACCGCCUCGUGACCUCCGGCGUUCCGGCUACCGUGGAGCAUCGUGCUUCUGCGGUGGCGUCUACUUCGAGCUCUGCUUCCGUUGUUGCUGAGUGCGUGCAGAAUUUUAUAACUUCGAUGGAUUCGUUGAAGCUCAACAUGGUGGCUGUUGACCAGGUGUAUCCGUUGCUGUCUGAUCUCUCUGCUUCGCUUUGUAAGCUGAGCAUCUUGCCGCCGGAUUUUGAAGGGAAGGUGAAGAUGAAAGAGUGGCUUGUGAGGCUGUCUAAGAUGGGGGCUUCUGAUGAGCUCACUGAGCAGCAGGCCAGGCAGCUUCACUUUGACCUUGAGUCUUCCUACAACUCCUUCAUGGCUGCUUUGCCUAGUGCCGGUAACUAAAUAACUCUGCUACUUUUGUUAAGGGGGCUACUUGGGUAAUCUAAUUGCUGCUGCAUUCUCUGGAUAUGAAUGUUUGUGUAGACAGCAGAAACAGGCCUUUCUUUUGUUGUGUAAUGAUCAUCCCAG